GUGAAUCUGCAACUGAAUCUGUUUCUCUCUCAUCUCUUCUCUCCCCUUCUCUUCUCCUCCGGGUUGCAUUUCUACAGGCCGUUUUUGCUUUUCUUCCCAAUCAUUUUCUCUCUUGAAUAAUAAAUGUCAAUAACAAUAAUUUACCCAUUCUGAUUCGCUUUUGAAUGAUUGAUUAGUGAAAUUCACUACGAAAAAAUCGAAAAGGGGAUACACUGAGAUCCUGUUUUCUGUUCUCAGCUGGAAACCACUGAACCGAGUGUGUACUAUUGCAGAAAGAGAUGGUUAACUUUGGGAAAAAGUUGAAAGACAGGCAAAUUCAAGAAUGGCAAGGAUAUUACAUAAACUACAAACUCAUGAAGAAACGAGUGAGGCAAUAUGCUCAACAGAUUCAACUUGGUACACAAGAUCGGAGGCAUGUACUCAAGGAUUUCUCACGGAUGCUGGAUAGUCAGAUUGAGAAAAUUGUCCUGUUCCUGUUGGAGCAACAAGGGAUUUUGGCAAGCAGGAUAGAAAAGCUUGUGGAGCAGCAUGAUGCUCUGCAGCAGGAACCUGAAAUAAACAAAAUAAAUGGAUUACGAGAAGCUUAUAGAACAGUGGGACAAGAUCUAUUAAAGCUUCUCUAUUUUGUUGAGAUCAAUGCUGUUGGCUUGCGAAAGAUAUUGAAGAAGUUUGACAAACGCUUUGGCUAUAGAUUCACUGAUUACUAUGUUAAAACUCGUGCAAAUCAUCCUUACUCCCAGCUACAACAAGUGUUCAAGCAUGUGGGACUAGGUGCUGUUGUGGGAGCCUUAUCUCGCAAUCUUCAUGAUCUUCAGGACCGACAAGGAAGCUACUUAUCAAUUUAUGAUCAGCCUUCUCUUCCCCUCCAGGAUCCUGUUAUUGAUUCAAUAAAUGCAGCUGUUGAUAGGUUAACCCACUCAACAAACUUUCUUAACUUUUUGGCACAACAUGCACUCAUUAUGCAAGAAGAUCUGCCUGCCCCUACUGAGGAACCUGUUGAUGAUAAAAGAUACCAUUUUAUGUCUCUUCUCCUCAACUUGGCAAACACAUUUUUGUAUAUGGUCAAUACAUAUAUUAUUGUCCCUACAGCAGAUGAUUACUCUACGAGCCUUGGCGCCGCACCGACAGUGUGUGGUAUUGUGAUUGGGGCAAUGGCUGUUGCACAGGUGUUUUCAUCUGUGUAUUUUAGUGCGUGGUCAAACAAAUCAUACUUCAGGCCUCUUGUAUUCAGUAGCAUAGCUCUUUUUUUUGGGAAUAUCUUGUAUGCACUGGCAUAUGAUAUUAGUUCGAUAUGGGUUCUCUUAAUUGGUCGCCUUUUCUGUGGAUUGGGAUCUGCCAGAGCUGUUAACCGGCGUUACAUUAGUGAUUGUGUUCCAUUAAGAAUCCGCAUGCAAGCAUCCGCAGGUUUUGUUAGUGCCAGCGCUCUUGGAAUGGCAUGCGGUCCUGCAUUAGCUGGCAUACUGCAAAUUGAUUUUAAGCUUUAUAAGCUUACAUUUAAUCAAAAUACCCUGCCUGGUUGGGUGAUGGCUGUUGCUUGGCUGAUAUAUCUAGUGUGGUUGUGGAUUACUUUUAAGGAACCUUCUCAUGACACUGAAGAGAAUCAGGGGCCACAACAGUCAAAUGAUGAUGAAGAAAAUAGUGCACUUGAAAAUGGCCUAAAACAGCCAUUGCUAAUUGCCUCAAAGGAUAAGGUAGAUGAAGACGCUGACCAAGAUUUUGAUGAAAGUGAAGAAGCUCCAGAGGAAUCUCGCGUACCUGCCAACUCAAUUGGAUCUGCAUACAGACUCCUGACACCAUCUGUAAAGGUUCAGUUGCUGAUAUAUUUCAUGCUCAAAUAUGUAAUGGAGAUUUUACUAUCGGAAUCUAGUGUCAUCACAACGUACUACUUCAACUGGUCAACAAGCACAGUUGCAGUUUUUCUUGCCUGCCUUGGUUUGACAGUUCUUCCUGUAAACAUUAUUGUGGGAAGCUAUAUAAGCAACUUGUUCGAGGAUCGGCAAAUUCUGUUGGCAUCGGAAAUCAUGGUUUGCAUUGGCGUUUUACUGAGCUUCAAUAUAAUCUUUCCAUAUACUGAGCCACAAUACAUAUGUUCGGGUCUCCUUGUAUUUGUUUCUGCUGAAGUACUUGAGGGUGUCAACUUGUCACUGCUUUCACGUGUCAUGUCGUCAAGGCUUUCUCGUGGAACCUAUAAUGGUGGUCUUCUGUCUACAGAGGCUGGGACAAUCGCUAGAGUGAUUGCUGAUGCAACUAUUACCCUGGCUGGAUUCGUGGGUGAGAGUAGGAUCCUUAAUGUCACCCUGCUGCCUUCACUCUUGAUUACCAUAUGCUCUAUUUUAGCAACCUGCUACACCUACAACUCUUUGUACUGAUUUCUGUUCUAAAGGUUUAGAUGGAAAGAGGAGAAUGCUCUUCUUCAACAUGACUUUAGUCUCUUCUCCAAAAAGUUGGAGAAGUAGCUAGGCAAAACGUGAACUCUAAGCAAAAUAGGUUUCUCAAUUAUCACUGUUAUUUGUUACUUCGUUGUCUGUUGAUAAAUGGGACGUGUAUUGCUCCUCUUGGUAUGCAUUUUACUUGAUUAGGAUUUAGGAUCGAUGUCACAUGAUAUUGUUAUGUGAAAUUUUGUAUCUUUCUCUUUUCUUAAAUAUUGAAAGGACCCACUUAUUUUAUAGAUA